AUGAGCGUGUUCACCGAAUGGCAUGGCUCCAAAACCUCAACCGCACCACACGUUUUUAAUGGCGUCCUGUUGGUGUUUACAAUGUUGGCUUUGUGCAUCGCAUGGGUAGCGAUUUGUGUUGUAAUUUUUCGAUAUUUCAAAAAGAUUUGCCAAUUGCGACGGGAACGAAGCCAAGAAGAAGUUGUGCACGCUGCACUCCGGGCUUUGGCUCAAUCUCGUGGGGGUUGUACCAACUCUCAGUGCCAUUAUUAUCAAACGCAGGUAUAGUAACAUGGAAUUUUAAAGAUUUUUAAAUAUAUUUUCUUUUUUUAUUUUUUAAUUUUGUUUAAAUUGACAUUAUUUUUUGACUUUUUUACUUAACAAAAAUUUUAGUCUACACCUUACGCUGAUCUCCCAACCUACGCCGAAGCCUUAACAUUGCCACCACCACCGUCUGCAGAACCGCCAAAAGACGAAGCUACAUCGUCAACGAAUCCUACAGACUCUGCACCGCCUACAUAUGAGUUGGCUACAUCUCGGUUAUAA